ACGGUCGCCUUGACGCGGGCCAGGAGCCCAGCGUGGAGGAGGAGAGGAUGUGGUGGUGGGCAUGCUGACAUCUGCAAAGCCAGAGGUGUGAGUGGAGGACGAGCGCAACGGCCCCGGCGAGCUCCAAGAAAGUCCGAGACAUGUAACUUUCUCCUCAAGAGGCUUGUGUCCUGUCGGGGCACCCCGAAGCUCGGGCCAGUGACGGUGCCUCCCGGGGGCUUUGCGUCAUGAGGGGGCGUUGCUCUCGAAAACUGGGUGUGCUGGCCAAGGCUGGCUUCCUGCUGUGGCUGCUGUGGCUGGGCUACCUUUUGCUGGCGCGCUCCUCUUUCCCCUCCUCUUCCUCCGUGCAGGAGGAGGACGAGGAGCGCGAGCGCGUGGCGCGACAGCUCUCCGUGGAUGAGAGCAACAGCGACGGGCAGCUGGCGAGGCCUCUCUACAUUAAGCCCACACCAGACAACAAUGCUCCGGGGGAGUGGGGUCGGGCCACGCACCUCACCCUCGGCCCUGAGGAAAAGAAACAGGAGGAGGACGCACUCGAGCGCUACGCUAUCAACAUCUACGUCAGUGACAAGAUUUCCCUCCAUCGGCACAUCCAGGACCAAAGGAUGAACGAAUGCCGGAGUAAGAGGUUUGACUACCGGCGUUUACCCACCACCUCUGUGAUCAUAGCCUUCUACAACGAAGCCUGGUCCACCCUGCUGAGGACAAUCCACAGUGUGCUGGAGACCACGCCCGCCGUCCUGUUGAAGGAGAUCAUUCUCAUCGACGACUACAGUGACCGAGGAUACCUGAAAUCCCAACUAGCUGAAUACAUCAGUAAUCUGAACCGCGUGCGGCUCAUCCGGACCAACAAGAGAGAAGGGCUGGUCCGGGCACGUCUCAUUGGCGCCACCUACGCGACGGGUGAUGUACUGACGUUUCUCGAUUGCCACUGUGAGUGUGUCCCAGGCUGGAUUGAGCCUCUGCUUGAAAGGAUCGGCGAGAAUGCCAGUACCAUCGUGUGCCCUGUGAUCGACACCAUUGACUGGAACACUUUUGAGUUCUACAUGCAAACAGAUGAGCCGAUGAUCGGGGGUUUCGACUGGAGACUCACCUUCCAGUGGCACGCGGUCCCAGAAGUGGAACGCAAGAGACGCCAGUCUCGCAUUGACCCCAUCAGAUCCCCAACAAUGGCAGGUGGAUUAUUUGCUGUGAGCAAGGCUUACUUUGAGUACCUGGGCACAUAUGACAUGGGCAUGGAGGUGUGGGGAGGAGAAAACCUGGAGCUCUCCUUCAGAGUGUGGCAGUGUGGGGGCAGCCUGGAGAUCCACCCCUGCUCUCAUGUGGGCCAUGUGUUCCCUAAGAAAGCUCCUUAUGCGAGGCCCAACUUCCUCCAGAAUACUGUUCGAGCUGCAGAGGUUUGGAUGGACUCUUAUAAACAACACUUCUACAACAGGAAUCCUCCAGCAAGAAAGGAAAACUACGGGGACAUCUCAGAGCGGCUGCUGCUGAGGGAGAGGCUCAAGUGCAACAGUUUUGACUGGUACCUGAAGAACACCUACCCUGACCUCCAUGUUCCUGAGGACAGGGAGGGCUGGCACGGGGCUGUGCGUAGCUCAGGGAUACAGUCAGAGUGUCUGGACUACAACGCUCCAGACCACAGUCCGACAGGUGCACACCUCUCCCUGUUCGGCUGCCAUGGCCAGGGAGGCAACCAGUACUUUGAAUACACAUCCCAGAAGGAGAUCCGUUUCAACUCGGUGACGGAGCUGUGCGCCGAAGUGCUCGAGGGUCAGACCUCCAUCGGGAUGAGGCACUGUCCUCGCGAUGGGGAGCUCAAGUCUCCCAGCAUCACCUGGGAGUUCAAAAAGGACGGGACCAUUUACCACCCUCAAUCAGACAUGUGUGCGACCGCCUGCCGCACAUCAGAGGGCCGCACAGACACCCAGAUGAAGCGGUGCAGCCCGGGAGACAAGAACCAGCAGUGGAAGUUUGAGUGGUAGAAGGAGACGGAGACAGGGUGGCAGGAAACCUCAAGUGACCUUCUUUGACCAUAGUGCAAUUACCACAGCGGACGUCUUCUCCGCUGCUCCCAGUUUGCUUUCGCUCUUCGGGUCUGCACUCCAGUUGAACAGGAAUAAUGGGCAAAUGCAAAGCAGUGAAAAAGUCACUUUAAGCCAACAAUUCACCCAGUUCACAGCUUUUACCCCCAUAUGAAUGACUGAGCAAGUGCAGAUUGUGGCGGUGCGAGUGAGAAUUCAACUUGAGGUUUAUUUGGUCUUUUUUUUUGUAAGGAGGCCGGCUGAGCUCGACACUUGUUGCUUUCAUCCAAGUGCCUCUGCAACCAAACGGAACCCGGCGCACACCCAAGGUGUCGUUCACUGUCGUGUCUUCUUGCAACAGCUUGUCGGCAGUGAAACUGGUUUGACUGUCCAGCACACAAAGAAGUGCCUUUCAGAGAGAUUCAAGACCAAGUGUUGAAUGUUGUCUCUAGAUGCAAAAUCGUGCGGCACCUCAAAAUGUUCCCCCACUAAUGUGCAAUGGAUAUUAAUUAUUGUUGUCAAAAUCAAAAAUGCUUGUUUCUUUAGUUGUGAAGAAAUAGCCAAUUUUAAGGGAUGGGCUGCCUCAAAGAAGUCUCGCCUUGGAAUGUAAGGUCAGCGGCAGUUUGUUCCAAAACCAGCUACAUCCUAACAUGCUCCGUCAUGUGAGAGGAAAACAGGGAGAGAGCGCCGCAGUCAUACUACACUGCUUCUCAAUUCUAUCUCUCACCCGUGGAGCCAGUUUCAUGGUAGAAUGCUGCCUGAACAAGACUUGAACUUUUGUUAAGCAAUUUGCACCAAGUGCAAUGUGUCUCGCUGGGGCUUAGCGAGUUGACAGGAAUGUUGUAAUCUAUUUUCCCCUGUUGUAUAAAAUUAGGAAUACCCGCUAAACCCAUCUGCCAAUGUGCCUUUGAAAGGUUUUCAUUCCCGAGAAGAACUGUGUUCGUGCCGCAAUGAAACGUGCCAGCAGAAAUCCAAAACAACACUGGCUUGAUGCACUUGAUUGUAUUUAGUCAUGGAAAAGCCUUAAAGGGAGCACCUGUUUAAUUUAAUCUUUUAACUUGGCAGUGCCAGAAUGUUUUUUGUUAAAACUCCUGUGUAAACUGUACUUGAAAUGACGUCAGAAACACUCCUGUUGCGCGUGUGUGUGUGUGCGUGUGUGCAUGUAUGUGUGUGCGUGCGCGCGUGCGUGCGUGCGUGUGUUCCAAUGAAGAUCCCGACAGUGUUUCUACCGGGUUGUAAGGACAAAAGAGACGCGGCAUGGCUGUAUUUGCUGAUGACUGCUUAUCACUGAGCAACAUUUGGUCUCUGUGGUCCUUUGAAUUGGUGAACGUGAUGGAUACGGUGGGUAAACAUGUACAAUGGCCCAUGUUUUGCGUCACCUUUGUAAACGAUGUCUGAAAUAAGGGACCAGAGGGGGGACAGUGAUACUGUAAAGCACUUCUACAACUACUGAUAAUGCAAACAUGAUGAUGAUUACUUGAUGCAAAGAACAGGGUGAAUGAUUCAAAUAAGGGUUAAAGCUGUUGGGAAGGUUGAAUGAAUAAAAAAGUAACCACAGAG